AUGGCCUCGGUCGCCGCUUGGCUUCCCUUUGCACGGGCGGCGGCCAUCGGUUGGGUGCCGAUAGCCUCCCUACCACUGCCACCGCCCCCCGUGCCCAAGGACCGACGCAAGACGGACGACGAGAAGCUGCUGAUCAAUGUAUCCGGCCGACGCUUUGAGACCUGGCGCAACACCCUCGAGAAGUACCCGGACACGUUGCUCGGCUCCAAUGAGCGGGAGUUCUUCUACGACGAGGACUGCAAAGAGUACUUCUUUGACCGGGAUCCGGACAUAUUCCGCCACAUACUCAACUACUAUCGGACGGGCAAGCUGCACUACCCCAAACACGAAUGCCUCACCAGCUACGACGAGGAGCUGGCCUUCUUCGGCAUCAUGCCGGACGUGAUUGGUGACUGCUGCUACGAGGACUAUCGGGAUCGGAAGCGAGAGAAUGCCGAGCGCCUCAUGGACGACAAACUGUCGGAGAAUGGGGAUCAGAACCUGCAGCAAUUGACCAACAUACGGCAGAAGAUGUGGCGUGCCUUCGAGAACCCGCACACGUCGACCAGUGCCCUGGUCUUCUACUACGUCACCGGCUUCUUCAUCGCCGUCUCUGUGAUGGCCAAUGUGGUGGAGACGGUGCCGUGCGGACACAGACCGGGCCGGGCGGGCACGCUGCCGUGCGGCGAGCGCUACAAGAUCGUCUUCUUCUGCCUGGACACCGCCUGCGUGAUGAUCUUCAGCGCCGAGUAUCUGCUGCGACUCUUUGCCGCCCCCGAUCGGUGCAAGUUCGUGCGCUCCGUGAUGAGCAUCAUCGAUGUGGUGGCCAUCCUGCCCUACUACAUCGGUCUGGGCAUCACCGACAACGACGACGUCAGCGGUGCCUUUGUCACCCUGCGAGUCUUCCGCGUCUUUCGCAUCUUCAAGUUCUCCCGCCACUCGCAGGGUCUCCGGAUCCUCGGCUACACGCUCAAGUCGUGCGCCAGCGAGCUGGGCUUCCUCGUAUUCUCGCUGGCCAUGGCUAUCAUCAUAUUUGCCACCGUCAUGUUCUAUGCCGAGAAGAAUGUGAACGGCACAAACUUCACAUCGAUUCCGGCUGCCUUCUGGUACACCAUUGUCACCAUGACGACGCUGGGCUAUGGCGACAUGGUGCCGGAGACAAUAGCUGGCAAAAUAGUGGGCGGCGUGUGCUCGCUUAGCGGUGUGCUGGUCAUCGCCUUACCUGUACCUGUUAUCGUAUCGAACUUUAGUAGAAUCUAUCACCAGAAUCAGCGCUCGGACAAGCGCAAGGCGCAGCGGAAAGCUCGCUUGGCGCGCAUCCGCAUUGCCAAGGCCUCGUCCGGUGCUGCCUUUGUUAACAAGAAGAAGGCCGCUGAGGCCAGAUGGGCGGCCCAGGAGUCGGGCAUUGAGCUGGAUGACAACUAUAGGGACGAGGAUAUCUUUGAGCUUCAGCACCAUCAUUUGCUGCGAUGUCUGGAGAAGACAACGGAUCGAGAAUUUGUCGAGUUAGAUUUACCCUAUAACGGACAGCCGAAGCGGCCGGGCUCGCCCUCGCCCAUGGCCAGUCCCGCCCACUCGACGCACAGUACUGCCGGCCUGCUGCAGUCCUGCUGCGGUCGCUGUUGCUCCCAGCGCUAUCAGGCCUGCGGCAAGUACAUGCCAGCUGCCAGCAAUGCUCAAAACAGCCAAAACAAUCAGCCCAUGGAUGGCACCUACCUGGUGGAGGCCUCGUUCUGAGCCAGCACACGGCCAAUCUACAGCAUCAGCAUAAGAAUCAGCAUCUGUCGCAGUCCCCCAAUCGCAUUCGCAUCUGCAUUCGCAUUCACAUUCACAUCAAAAUCCAAAUCAAGAUCAAGUUGAUUUAUGUUUAGUACAACUUGAAAAGUUUUUAAACUAAAUUGAAAUUGAAUUCGUUUGUAGAAAUUGUCCCCCGUACGUGUGUGUGUAUGUAGUCGCCAAAAAAGAUACAAACAAAAAACCCAAAAACCCAAAAACUAAAAUCGAAACACAAGUGUAAUCUCUAAAAUCUGAUUUUCGAGUUUAUGACGAACAGAAAAGAUAUUUAAUUAACGAUAAACAUUUGCGGAUUCAAGUGCAAACAUCUCUCAAUGUGUAAAAUGUAAAAAAGCACAUUAAAAACCAAAUAACAAAUAGUAAAUAAACAAGUAACAAAUAAAAUAAAAGUGCCGACCGAACCCAGUUUCUGAAGGCGGCGCAGUCGGAUUUGAUUAGCGAGGACCCGUUAAUAAAUUAGAUAAACCGAGUAAUAAUAAUUAUAAUAAUACAAAUAAUAAUAUAUGCAACACUAUUUACUUUAUAUAGGUGACAAGACAAACAGCAAAAAACAAAAAACAGAAACAACAGAAACCGAAGCAUUUUAGAGGAAUUUACCGUGUGUAUGUUUUAUUAAAGUGAACAUAAAUAAUAGCAUAGAAGUGCAAUAAAUAGAUCGAAGAGUGUACUAAAAUACCCAAGGGAUUGGAUACAAAUAGGAGAUCAAAUACCACUGAAAGUCCAGCGGGGGGGAGGAGUUUCCUCAAGCAAAUUGCAUGGGGUCCAAAAAACAGAAAAAAAAAAAAAAAAAUAACACAAUAAACAGAUUUUAACAGCCAAUGACUUGUGUAGCAAAGGAAACGAAUAAAAUAAAUACAUAGAGAAGAAUGAAUAGGUAAACGAAAGAACAAAGGAACGUAGGAAAAGGAGCAAAUUAUAUAAAUAUUAUUAUUAUUACAAAUUCGUGUAUUUUUUAAAUGGUCCGUAGUUUUGUAGGUAUGAACUUCAUCGGCUAUCCGCUAUCCCCUCUAUGGUUUCUCAUCAGCAAAACUUUAACCUCCAACUGAAAUGCUCUCCCGUUUCGUGUAAUUUUUAUCGCAUCUAUGGUACUCGUAUAUAGCAAAAAGGUUUCAGUUUUUCAUCUCUCUCUCCUCAUGGUAAUGUCAUAAGUGAACUAAUCAAAAUUUAUUGAAAUUACACAAUGAAUAAUGAACUUUCUUCCAAGAACUAAGUUAGCAAAAGGAGAAACCCUAUUUAAAUGUAUAUGUACGUGUGUGUGUGUAGGACAGGCUUUAAAGAAUUGGAGCAUUAACUAACUAAAAAGAACUCUUAGCAAAUUCUAACAGAAACUCAAAGUAUAUUAAUUAAUUCUAAAUUACAAAUCAAACAUUUAAAAUUAGUUCAAGUAAACAACUUACAAAAA